AUGACAUGGUACUCGAGACAAAGUCGCCCGCCGUGCCUGAACUCAAUUGCGCCCUUGAUGCGUCCCACCAUCGUCUCUCGCCUGCACAAUCUUGAUCUCGCAAAAGAUCAAGCCCCCAUCUACUCAAUACGAGAGGCUCAACAGCAGACAAAACCGCCUGGCCACCCCUUGACCCCGCCCCUGGCCUUAUUGUAUUCCUACAGUAUCCGAAACCCUGCCCGUGGCUUUGCAACAACGUCCAUCCCAAGCAAACCGAAAGCGGAAAGGCUCGCAGCCGAUGUUGUGAACGUUGCGGCGGCUACUACUACUACCGCACAGACGUUCCCCAAGGAAAGCGGGCCAGCAGUUGCACCUGCCAAUCACAUUGAUUCCCACCUCGCGGCCUCCCAGACAGAAGAUCUUGUUCAAACACCAGAAGAGCUUGAAGCCCAGCUAGAGCGAGAUGAACUCCAAUUACUCGUCGAGAAGCACGCUCCUAGGAUUCGGCGAGAGGCCAAUCGCCAUGCUACGAAGCUGCGAAGCGACCGCCGAGUGCUGCGUGGCCAGUCUCAUGCUAUGGCAGUCCACGAUUGGCUUCCCCGUGACCUUCUCGACAGCAUUGUCUCCUUGGCCCAGACCGAGUCGAACGAUUCAAACAGACGUCAGGGCCAGCAGCCCCUCUUGAAAAUUUCCAGUGAAGAGGAUGCCAUGGUGCGACUGUGGACUUUGGAUCUCACCCUUCGGGAGCUUGGCUUCUCCAGAGACCAUAUUCAGCCAGUCCUCAUAUGGGUCUGUGCCAAUGCUGCUAGCAUCGAUGCCAGUGCUGCUGUUUGGGGACUCCAGGAAUCACUGGAAUGGCUUGCAUUGGACCACUGUGAAGACCACUCGUUCACAUAUGAGGACGGACCAAAACGUCCCACUGUGGACGCACUGGAUGGUCCGGGUUUGGACGAACAUCCAUCAGCUUCGGGGACGGACCAAGAUCGCUCGUCCACUCUGGUGAACAAGGACACAAAAAGAGAAUUGGUCUCGGGCUCAUCUACGCCUAGUAUCGCAACGCCUGUGGGCGCGGUUAACGACGACGUUCAGGUCAGCGACUUGGACAGUGAUCUCGAACUAGACGAGCUUAUCCCUCUCUAUUUAAGAAUCAGAGCUAAACUCUACGAAAUUGAUCCACAGUUGGACGACACGACCUCGCGCAAGUCAACUCGCGGGGCCAAGUCUAGAAAGGCAGGACCUGCAACACCGCAAUCACCGGCCGCGCGUAAACUUCUCUCUCAACUACAGCAGCUCCGAUCCGAUGCCCUGUUCGAUGAAAAUGAAGCUGAGGCGCGCUGGCCGACCAAACGUAACGAGAUUGCCCAAAUCCAAGCUGCGAAACGACUUUGCUCCGAGUUUCGACAUGCAAGUCCUAAGAAAGAGACGAAUGCGAUAGCUAUGGAGCCAGAAGUAGAGGUAUCUCCUGAAGCAGCUUCUGACGGUAUCAACAGCCGCGACAUCGACGAUGACGAUGCUUUGCUGGGCGAUAUGUUCUCUACCGUCUCAGAUGCUCCGGUGGUAGAAUUGGACUCUGCCGUAACGAAUUCUAGUGCCAUAUCAUUGCGCGACUUUGGUAAAGCAGGUGGCCUGAGCCCGCGAAAGGUGCUCGAAGAGGCGGUUCGUUCCAGAGACCCCAACGCGCGCCUGACCUACAAGAUGGUUUCUCAAACUACCUACACAUGUCGACAUUCAUUGACCAUCACCUGGUCCAAAGACUUCGAUGUUGAAUACGACCGUGAUAUGACCAGUGUUUCGUGCCACAGAAGUGGACGUAUUAUGAGAUUUGAGGCGAUGCAUGUAGCCGCCAUCUCGAUUGAUCAAAGUGAGGACUAUAUAUCAACUGCAGCUCUUUUCUCUAUCUCAGCUGUAUUGCCCAAAGAAGAGAAGGUUUAUUUGCGAUUACCGAGUAAUUGGAGGGAGGUCUAUAGAGAGUUUUUGGAAUAUCGCAGAACACGGUUAGAUGCCAUAGACCGCCAAUCUGUCAAACGGUAUCGCUCAAUUGUUCGAGAUCAAGUCGACGUCGAAGAGUCUGAUGGGGUGGUUCUGACAAACCGAUUCAAGAUGCGAAAUUCAGCUGCUACAACGUCGAGCGCAUCGAAUUCUGGUUACAGCACCCCAGUGCGCCAAGUCGAUGGCUUAAUCGAUCUGUGGCAGCAGAAAGUAAGCAGUUCUUCCUACCAGCAGAUGCUAGUGGGUCGGAUGAAUCUUCCUGUAUUUGGUUUCCGUGGGGCCAUCUUGUCUACCAUCGACCGGGCACAGGUCACAAUCAUCUGCGGCGAAACAGGUUGCGGGAAAAGCACACAGAUUCCGUCUUUUAUACUAGAGCAUGAGCUGUCCCAGGGAAGGUUGUGUAAAGUAUACUGUACGGAACCACGCCGUAUCUCGGCCAUCUCCCUGGCACAGCGUGUCAGCGAAGAGCUCGGGGAAGCUUCACGCGAUCUUGGAAGUAUGCGUUCACUUGUCGGUUAUGCAAUUCGACUAGAGAGCAAAACUUCAUCGCAGACGCGUCUUGUGUAUGCGACAGUUGGUGUAGUGCUGCGUAUGCUGGAGUCGACUGGCGAUCUGCGCGAAGUUACCCAUCUGAUCAUAGAUGAAGUCCACGAACGAAGUAUCGAUACCGAUUUCCUACUUGUAAUUCUUCGCUCCUUGAUGGAGCGUCGUCCUGAGCUGAAGGUUGUGCUUAUGAGUGCCACAGUCGACGCGGCGCGUUUCUCGAGCUACCUCAACAAUGCUCCGAUUCUGACUGUACCCGGACGUACUUUUCCAGUUCAGACUCGAUAUCUUGAGGAUGCUAUUGAGCUGACGAAUUAUGUUGCAUCCUCGGGAGCAACUCAGAAUAGCUCAACCAGCGAUGUUGAGGACGACGAGAUCAAAACAGACAAAUCUGGCAUACCGCAAAAAUUGUCGGGUUAUAGUCAUAGAACACGCGAAGUGCUAUCAACAUACGAUGAAUAUGCUAUAGACUUUGAUCUCAUUGUCCGACUCAUCGAGACAGUAGCAUUCGACUCUCGGCUGGUCCAAUUCAGUAAAGCCAUUUUGGUAUUCCUUCCCGGAAUUGCUGAGAUCCGCCAGCUCAAUGAGAUGUUGACUGGGCAUCCAUCCUUCGACGCGAAUUGGUACAUAUAUCCGCUACAUUCCACUAUUUCAAGCGAAGACCAGCAAGCGGCUUUCUACAUACCACCUCCUCAGAUACGAAAAAUUGUUCUCGCUACAAAUAUUGCCGAGACUGGUGUAACUAUUCCGGACAUCACUUGCGUCAUCGACACUGGUAAACACAAGGAGAUGCGGUUUGAUGAACGCCGACAAUUAUCGCGAUUGACACAGUCAUUCAUCUCCAAAGCCAAUGCGAAGCAGCGCCGAGGCCGUGCUGGACGUGUCCAAGAAGGAUUAUGUUAUCAUUUGUUUACAAAAUAUCGUCACGAUACCCUCAUGGCUGAACAGCAAACACCGGAAAUGUUGCGACUAUCUCUCCAGGAUCUCGUUAUGCGCACUAAGAUCUGUAAACUGGGCGACAUCGAAUCUACCCUUGCUCAGGCUCUGGAUCCGCCAUCCUCGAAAAACAUUCGACGUUCAAUUGACGCUCUGAUCGAAGUCGAUGCACUCACGCCCGGGGAAGAACUCACGCCACUUGGCCGACAGAUAGCAAAACUUCCCUUGGAUGCCCAUCUUGGAAAACUUGUGAUUCUUGCCAGCACACUUGCCUGUGUUGACGUCGCUACCACCAUAGCAGCAAUGCUGUCAUCCAAGUCUCCGUUUUUGACGCCGUUUGGUGCAAGGCAGCGUGCCGAUAUAGCUCGAUUAGCAUUCAAGAAAGGGGAUUCUGAUCUCUUGACCAUGUAUAACGCGUACAAAGCAUGGAGAGUGGUCUGUACCACACCAGGACGAUCCGAAACGCACUUCUGCCAUCAGAACUUUCUAAGUGCCCAGAACCUAGGCAAUAUUGAGGAUCUCAAGGCACAGCUCCUCUCAUCACUCGUUGAAGCGGGCUUCUUGCAACUUUCACCAGAUGAACGCCGUAGGCUGAGUCGUUACCGCAGCACGACAUCACAUCGCAUGUUCGUCGAAGUUCCAGCGCGGUACGACAUCAAUUCAGAGAACGACUUUCUCGUCAACUCUGUCAUCGCAACUGCUUUCUACCCAAAGCUUCUGACACGGGAAGGAAGGGGAUGGCGUAACAUCUCCAACAACCAGACUGUUAGCUUAGCCCCAACAUCGGUCAACAAAGGCUGCGCCACUGCUAGCUUCCUGUCGUACUAUCACAUCAUGCAGUCGAGCAACAAGUAUUACAACGCCCAUUCGACCUCUGUCACGUAUCCGCUCCCUUUGGUGCUUAUGGCAGCAGCUGACGUGGACUUCAAACUCCAUGCAGGUGUGAUCAGCUUACCAGGCAAUGUGUUGCGAUUUGCCGUCAAAGAUGGAAGGGUGGCGGUCGCAUUGAAGGUGUUGAGACGUCGUGUCAAGGAAAUCUUGGCGUCGAGUUGGAAGAACCCUGCGCGUCAACAAAGUGAACGCGAGAAAGAGUGGCUGGACUUGUUUUCAAGGAUAUUUAAGGAAAAGUGGGAGAAGGACGAAAGGAUCAAGGAACGGGCUACCGGAAAAGCGAGAUGA